GCGACUAUCGUCAAAUUUCUAAUUAUACUAUUAUCAGCCCUAGUUCUAGCGAAUAGCGAUGGGCAUACCAACAAUUGGGCUAUUUUAGUCUCUACAUCGAGGUAUUGGUUCAAUUAUCGACAUCUUGCUAAUGCACUUGGAAUGUAUAGAGCUAUACGUAAACUGGGUAUACCAGACUCGAAUAUAAUAUUAAUGCUACCAGAUGACAUCGCAUGCAACACGCGAAAUAAAUACCCAGGCUCUGUAUACGCCCAUAAAGAUCAUAGGUUAGACCUCUACGGCGAGCGCGUCGAGGUUGAUUACAGAGGUUAUGAAGUCACUGUCGAGAACUUCCUGAGGGUGCUCACAGGACGUCAUACAGAGGAUACCCCAGCUAGUCGACGUUUACUCAGUGACGAGAACUCGAAUGUGUUAUUAUACCUCACCGGACAUGGUGGUGACGAAUUUCUCAAGUUUCAAGACACAGAAGAGCUCAAUAGUCAGGACAUAGCAGACGCGAUUGAGCACAUGCGUGUAAAGAAGCGUUACAAUAAGAUGCUAUUUAUUAGUGAUACCUGUCAAGCAGCUACACUCGCAAAUAGGCUCUACUCACCCGACGUUCUCGCCAUAGGUAGUUCACUUAAAGGUCAAAACAGCUACAGUCAUCACACAGAUAGAGAAAUAGGCGUUGGUGUAAUAGAAGGAUUUACUCACUUUACUCUCAAUGCCUUGAGCGAUAUUGAUAGUAAUUCCAACAGUACACUUGCAGAUUUCAUCGAUAGUUUCGACAAGAAGCAAAUAAAGUCAACACCAGGCGUGAGAGAUGAUCUUUUUGGAGACCUGAGUGAAACCCUAUUGACAGAUUUCUUUGCUGGGAAUAUAAAAGUAGAUGUGCUACCACCUGAUGUGAAACAUGAAUUGGUAGUCGGUGAAAGUGUAGAUAAGAUAGAUGAUAUAGAGAACGACAAAGUGCAAGAGGAUAAAACAACAGUCAAAGAAACAAAGGAAAUGCAUAUAUUAGACAACUUAAACUAUUCUCACAUUUUUGCGUUAUUAUUCAUUCUCUCGCUCAUAAUUCACCACCUUUAGGUGUCUUGGCUUUCAAUUUAAAGCCGCAAUCUUCAGGUAUUGGGGUGGAUGGAUCAAUAGCCGGAUUCUCAACUGUACCAAUUAAAUUGUAAUUUUUAUGAUUGUCAAAGAAUGCCUGCCAGGAUUUUAUUUGUGAUAGUUCCUUCUCAUCGAGGCCACGGGUAUCGUAAGUUGCUUGAUCCUUGAAGCAGUUUGUUACGAAUGCUCUAGCUGCAUCUUUGCCUGUGGCUGCAUGGUACAUACCCCCAGGACCAUAUAUACGCUUAUUAGCAGAAACGUCAAAUACGAGACCAUCUACAGCGAGGUAAAUUUCAUCUCCGUGAGUUCCGUCGUAAUUUGCUAACUCCUCGGGUGUGAACUUCCUCUGAGGUGGCCUAGGAAGAUAUGUCUUAAGGUUACGGUAUUUGCCUUUAUAGCCAAGGAAUAUAUCGUCAAAUAAGAAUAACGCGAGUGUCAGAUAUAUUGCAAACGCGUAGAAUAACCAUUUGAACAUCUUUGACGUCAAAACGAUAGAUUAGAAAUAAUAAAUUAAAAAUUACUAAAAGCGUGAUUACAGCUAAUACAAACGUAAAAUAGCGUCAUUCGAGUCUCGGUCCGUUUUGAUUGGUCUUGGAAGAAGACAGAUUGUGAGGAUAGACACUUUGGACACUCUAUAUUCGUGCGUGGAAGGGUAGGAUCCUUUCCAAGGUCUUGCGUCACGCCUGCUUCCUCCUUUGAUUGCCGCAUCAAGUCAUUCCUGUAGACUCUCGCUUCUACGGCGCUCUCUUCAAAGUUACAAUUACGACAUGCAAACAACAACGUCCUCCUUUCUCUAUCCUCCUAAUAAACUAUUAGAAAUAUAUUUAAAAUAUCG